CCGAGGACGACCAGUUCGCAGAUAAGACGUGAGAUACAUAAUGGACAAAAACUUAAGCGCGAAAAGCAUUACCCUCCUGAGGAAGUCAGAUAAAAAGAUCAUGGAUGAAAAGUAAAAAAAUCAAGCGGUGAAACGUCUUACAGACGAACUGGCAACACCAAGGUUAUCUUCUCCAGCCAAAAUCGAGGAAACUACAUUAAAUGUAAAAACACAUGUACAAAAUAUCAAAUAUGGCGUUUGUUUUGGUUAAUAUCCAGAUUAUCAACGCUGAUGCUUUCGGAGAUAUUGCGUUAAAAAUGAGUCUAAAAUAUAAAACAACACUAUCAGUAGCUGUGAGGAUAUACGUGAGAUGUAUUGUGUGUAUUGCGGGAGAUGCAGAAGUUCGGGAGAUUGUCAUGUCAUCAUGUGCUACAGGAUACCUACAGCCUACAGAUCCUAACAUGAGGAAGUUGUGGUUACAUGCUAUAAGAAGAGAAAACUUUACUCCCAGUACAACAACGGUAAUUUGUGAAAAGCGUUUCACUCCAGAGGAUUAUGAAGUUAGUGUUCAUGGAAAUAAGGUACUAAAAAAGGUGGCAGUUCAAUCUGUGUUUGAUUUUCCAGCCCAUCUCAAGAAAGAACCUAGCCAUCGAAGGGUUUUGAAAAGAAAACAUGAAUACAUAAUUUCUAGAAUGAACUAUGGUAUAACCUAUAUUGUAUUAUAAUGAAAAACUGUGCAUCUACAGUAUUGUUAAUGCCAUUGUGCA